AGCCAAGAAAGUUGAGUUGCGAUUAUUGAUUUGAGGUGUUGCUGUUUGCUAUUUUCUACCCCGCGUUCGAUGUCUCUCGGACGGCGAAGAUUCUACGUCGUCCGGCCAAUCCCGUCCAAGGUCAGCGGGGGCUCGGCUGCGCAAGGCUAUAGAACUCCGGCUGCGGUUAUGGAACGUGAUUGGUCGGAUGGCGUAGAAUCUUCGUCGUCCGAGAGACACCGAACGCGGGGCUAGUUUUGUUUUGCCUGUCUGUUGGAUUUCAAUAAUUCCGCAUAUUCCAAGGAGCCUCGUCUUUCACAGAAACCAUGCCGGACAGAGCAUUUGACCGCUCAGAGCUGCUUAGUCUCUUGGUGCGGACAGCUGUCGCAUCAGCCAUCACCUACCUGGGUGUAAAAUGGGCUGUGGACAUGAUGGACCCAACUCGGAAAAGACGACAGGAGGAUAAGAAGAGGGCUGAACGUCUGAUGACUCGUCUGGGUAUUGACAAGAACGUCCAUCUGACGGAUUAUGAGAUGUCGAUCGCCUGUCAGCUGGUGGAGCCGGUGUCCAUCCAGGUCUCCUGGGACAGCAUCGCCGGACUGGACAGCGUGAUCCAGGAGCUGAAGGAGACGGUGAUCCUGCCGAUCCAGAACCGACACCUGUUCCGCGGCAGUCAGCUGAUUCAGCCGCCCAAGGGUGUCCUGCUGCACGGACCGCCCGGCUGCGGGAAAACAUUACUCGCCAAAGCCACCGCCCGCGAGGCCUGCACUCGGUUCAUCAACUUAGAGAUCAGCAGUCUGACGGACAAAUGGUACGGCGAGUCGCAGAAACUGUGCGCCGCCGUCUUCUCGUUGGCCGUGAAACUGGAGCCCUGCAUCAUAUUCAUCGAUGAAAUCGACUCGUUCCUGCGCGCGCGCGCCACCCACGACCACGAGGCUACAGCGAUGAUGAAGGCCAUGUUCAUGUCGCUGUGGGACGGCCUGAUCUCAGACUCUGAGCGCUGCGUGCUCGUCAUGGGCGCCACCAACCGGCCCCAGGACGUCGACAAGGCCAUUCUGCGCCGGAUGCCCGCGGCCUUCCACAUCGGCAAACCGACGCUGCCUCAGCGGAAGUCGAUCCUACACCUGGUGAUGCGGGGCGAAUCGGCCUCGGAUGAUAUCGACUUCAAUCGGCUGGCCAAGCUGACAGAUGGGUUCACAGGUUCGGACCUGCGCGAGCUGUGUCGAACGGCCGCCAUCUACCCGGUCAGGGACUACAUGACCUCCCCGUCAGCCACCGUGUUCGGCGGUCUCUCGGGCGCCGGCCCGGUCCCUGACGGCCCAAGUUCGGUAACCAGAGAGCUGAGCCGACCUCCCACUGCCCAGCUGCGACCUAUCACCCAGGCCGACUUUGACCGCGCCAUCUCCAAGAUGAAGGAGUCCAAGUCGCACACCGGGGGCCUCCUCUCCACUGACGAUAUGCUGGACUAGUAACUUAGGUUGUUUCCCUCCUAGGGAGAGAGUUUGGGCUAGGGAGUUCACGUGCGACUUGUGAUGCAGAAAGGAGUGUUGUGACUCGUGAGGUAAAGGAAGUAGUUACCGAGGGGUUAGGGGGUCGUGCGAGAAUUCUAGGAAUUUUUCGCGACGAUAGAUAAGGUUUUGGUGUGAUGUGGUAAAAGAAUAGAUCAGGCAACGCUGUUUACCUGUGGUCGAUGGGAAUGGGUAGCGAUUAUGUAGGUUCCGCCUUAGUUUUGUUCUAAAUUGCUGAUGCAGCGUCACAGAUAGGCUGCCAUUGGUCAACGCUUUGAGUUAGCAGGCUUGGAACAUUGGACAGAACCUCCAUCCGAUUUCCUAAAAAUGCUCAGACUGACUAGAUUUUCUGCUGUUGAUCAGUUUAUGAUAAUCAUCAAGCGAUUCGAAUCCUGCGGAAAUUAUCUGCAGCUCUAAUAUCUAGAAUCAAAAUGAUGUUUUGUAGAUAUUAAAUGAGCGAGCGAAUUAUGUAGUUUCGUGAACGAUUACGAAUUCAGGUGUUCAAUCGUUGUGUAGCACCACCAAUCGCCUCCCAAAUCACAUAGCUCGCAGCCCUUCACCGGUGUAAAUUAAUUGUAAAAUUCAAUCGGGCUUAAAUAACUUGGAUGCAGUCCUGUCGUGCCAUGUUUUGUGAGAUGCGCUCGUUAGCCUUGCGCUGAUUAGUGUAAUUGGACUUCGUUAGGCUAACGUCCUGCUUCCCGAUGUAGAAAGGGCAGGGUUGAUUUACAAUAGCUUCGCUAAAAGCCCAAUUGCUGUAAAUCCUUGAAGAAUGUCGACCACAUUAUGCUUUAUGCUUGCAGGCAUGAAUGAAAAGCAGUCAGUGCUCUAAUUAAAUUCGAAAUUCGCCCGUUACUAUGUAGCUGAGUGGCUCAGUUGUAAGCGCAUUACGAAACAAUGCGGUAUGUAGAUUCCAAUCAGACUGCGUUGUGAAUCGCUUACGUCUAUAGGAGCAUUUACUAGGGGAAUAAUAAUAGAAACAUUUCCCGGCAAUCGGCUUAACUUGCUUUCGGCUCCGUGUUUACGUCAUUGAAUUCAAAUUGGCCGCUUAUUUUGUUAGUAUUGAUUUAUUUUCCACCAUGUGUAGAAAACUGGGCAUUUUAAGUUACGUUGGUCCGAAGCAUCGGUUUGCAUCUGCAUGUUACUCCACGAAUAUUACGAUUACUUGAAAGAAAAUAAGCAUAAGAAUGAUCCUUGACUCGGCAGUGGUAGAGGUCCGUGUUGUUUGACACCUAGGGCUGUCAUCAACAGUUGUUCAUAUAGAUCCACAAAUAGCUAGAUAGCCGAGUGGUAGGUAGGCUCGUAUAGUGAUGUCGAUACCAGAUACCUACUCUGGGUGCCGAUGCCAAACCAAAUACCAGCCGAAACUAUCGGAAAAUGCAAAAAAUCGAGCCAAUUUGGGAAAUUGGAGAGGAAUACUACCGUACCAAAUUCACAGCCUUUCAUAAGUCAUACAUUGUGGGGUUUCAUAAUACCAACAAAAUAACAAGCACAGUAGAAUUGAAAUAUCAUACACUACGGUGGUAUCGGUUCGGUAUCAGUGCACCAAAAAGUUGGUAUCCGAUUGACAUCUCUAUCUCGUAUGCGUACUUGCGUCGUAGUCUCCGAGUUAUCAAACCAAGUGUUUCGGCGCUGACUUUUGCUACCAUCCGCCGAGACACGUCGCUAGUGAACCAAUGACGUCAUUUGUCCCGGGACCGAUGACGUCACGGCCGUCAGACACCGAUACCGAAUGUUUCUCGGCGGUGUUGGCGAGGCUGCCUGUGAUAUGACGUGCGUUCCUGUCUGCGUUUUUUAAUUGUCUUCGCAUGUAUGCGCUGCAGCGGACAAAUACAUAGAAUUCGACCCUUA